GUAAAUAUAACCUCUUUUUUUGUGGUGGAAAAUUCAAUAGAAAUAUCCUUGUACAUAGAAUUCCUAUUGGAUUCCGUAAGCAGAUUAGUUUAAUUAGAGUGGACAUAGUACAGAAAGAUCAGUUAAACAACAGAAUACAGUGCAAGAGAUUGUUUGCAUAAGCUGCAUAUAAAUACAGAUAAAUCAGUGAAACUAAUGGACUUUGCUCCUAUCAGUUUGCUGUAUUGUGUUCAUCAAUUGUGCUAAUGAGUCCAAUAACAGAAUGGACUUCGAUGAAGCAAGUCACAUGACCUUAAAUAAUGAUUUCUUUGACUGUCAUGCAGAAACUGCUGCAAAAGUAUUUAUUUUGAUGCCAAAGGAUGUGCCAAUAUCCAGGGCAUCAAGAUUACAAUGGUUCAUAGAACAUUUAAAUAAGUUGAUAACAGCUUCUGCCUUGGAGAAUUUAAAUGGCAGUAGUAACAAACUGGAAAUAUUGUCAAUAGUACCAGAAGAUGGUUGCAAAGUCACAAAUGACACAAAAUAUCUAGUUACUAAUUCCACGAAAAUCGUUUAUGUUUCACAAACUUAUCGUUUUGUUUAUUGUUUGGAUAUGAGUCCGUCCCAAUCUGCAGUUGACAUUAUUCAGGGAAGAAUUUUAUUUGAUGAAGUUAUUAAUUGUUUCAAGACAAGCUUGCUUGGGCUAUGCAGCGAGUUUAUGAUUCCUUGUAGCAGAGUGCCUUUGCAGCCAUCAAUAUAUCUAACAGUCAUUAUAAACACGCCGUUCUUCAUAAGUCCAGCUCAACAAGUCAUAGUUAAAGGCGUCAGAGUUUCUAGUCAUAAUAUCCAGGAAAUAAUAAAGCUGGUUCAAGUGCAAUUUCAUCAUUUAGAAGGGAAAAUCGCUGAAGUUUCAGCUAAAGCUUAUGACCAAAUUGAUCUGCAGAUGAUGGAGAACGAAGAUAUGUACGGUGGUUUAUUUGAUCUCUGCGAGAACGAUUGUAUUGCAAAUAUACAAAUGGUUUCGCCCGAUGCAAAUUUUGUAAAUAUGUUAAGAUACUCAAUGCUAGCAAUCCAGCUGCUACCUGAAAAUAGUUCUAGCCAUAUUAUUGUUAUUACUGACGGGGUCGUUGCAAUGCCCGAUUCCAGUAUUCUGGAAUCGUUGUUAUAUCAGUUACAUUAUGACAGUAUAGCAGUCUCAUUCCAAAAAGUUGGUUCUCAAUUUAAACCUGACAAAAGUGUAGGAUAUGUGCCUUAUACCGAUUUGCUAAUAUUUCUAUCCCACUCCACGUUGGGUUCCAUUUUAGACGUGUUUCCUGCUCACAAACAAGAAUCUGAGAGUAUGAACAUCUACCAGGAGUUAUAUUUGUUAUGGUCAUUUCAUACCAACUAUCAGCCGUCUUGCGGUAUUAUACAUGAUAAUUUAGAUGAGAAAAUUCAUUUCAAGACACAAUUAGACCGGUCCCCGCCACUCUUAUCGAAACGACAGGCAGAGGAAAAGGUCAACUCAUCCUUGUCGCUAUUAGUUUCAAGAAGGAUGCGAGAAGGUUAUACUGUGAACAUGGUUAGCUACAAUAACGGUUUGUUAAAAAUCAAACUGACCUUGCAUUGGAAGACCUAUAUAUUCAUUCACUACGAGUUGACAGCUCCUUGGCCAUCGCCCAAACAACAUACUCACUUAGACAUAAUAAUAACUGCGCCGUACGAGUUUUUGCAUGACAUCACUUGCAUUAUGAAAAAGGAAACUAAGUCAACUUUUCGUCAAGCCGUUUUCGAACGGUUUUGGAUCCGAUCAACGCAAUUGGCCACUAACGAAAAUGUCCUGGCUCAGCAGCUUUCCUCCUUCGAGAAUUCCAACAUUUGGGCAACUCUUCCGGAAAGUGUCCGCAACGGCAUACCGGUCUUUGUUGCAAAUACUGGAGACAUAGUUAAAAUAUCUUUUGCGCCAAAUGAUCCCAUAUGCAGUAAGUUCUCGCAAAUAUGGCAACCAAUCUGUUAUAUGGAUACCAGCAAUUGGCGUAAAUGGUUCCACACGCACAGACUCUCUUUGAUAUUGAAACAUGACCAACCUUUACCGAAACACAUGCAUUUAUCCAAUUCAUCCGGCAGAUUCCAGGUUGUGCAAUGCAGACAAGCCGCGUCCGCUCUCUAUGGUAUGUUAAGUGAUUGGUCUUCCUUUGUACUUGUUGACAACCAUACCUAUGUAAAAUUGCUCAAGAGUGGUAAUGCAUCGAAUUGGUUCUGCGUCGUCAGGGUUACUUCUAAACUACCCUGCGCAACCAUUAUCCUGGGUUUCAUCACUGGAACACCUGGUCAGAUGCGAUAUCAGGUAUGUGAAGAACUGAAGCGUGAAUUAACAUCGUUAUCAUAUUUGUCUACCGCACUGAAAUCCAAAGAAGACAUCGGAUGCACUUUGUUGUUGAAGCCUCUAGAAAAGAUUUUGAUUAGAUAUGAGAGAAUACCGACUAAUUUCCACACCGUCAUUUUCCCGGAUGGUACAAAGAAUUCCGUUCAAACGUUACCGAUAUCGCCGUUUGCUGGUACUCUAUUUACAACACUCUCUCGAUAUUUAUUUCAUCAGAGGUGGAUUUGGCGCGCUACGCAUUUAUCAAAUGAAAGACUGGACGUUGGUUCAUUAGCAAGGAUUCUAGGAACUUUAACAAGAAUGCGUAUAAUGGAGGGAUUUAAUUUUGCUCAUUCCGCUUCUGGGAUUAUAACGAUGGUGAAAGAGUUGCGGAUGAAUGCUCCACACUCUAGCUGCGUUAUUCAAUACGUGUUAUUUCCACCUCAUAGUGCCUGGUGGAUGGAAAGAGCGAGUAGCGGCGGAGGUUCUGAGGAAGAAAACGAAUCAGAUUCAGACUCUUUGUCGCAGAUUGUAACCGAAGUUUGGAUUGAGCCGCAGUUUGGAUCAGUCAUUUCAAAUUCAUCUAGGGUAUCUUAUAUGGACGGAAAGCGGUAUUACGAACUUGCUGAUGUGAUAAAAAUGAUGGACAAGAGAUGCAUCCAUUCGUUGCUUACAUUGGAACACCUGAUUUACAUGUGUAAAGGAAAAGAAAGCUAUGAGAGUGGGAUACCGAUGUUCUCGCCAUCACCGAAACAGACAAGGGUAUUCCAACCUGACGCAUUGACAAAUCAAAAUUACGCUAUGGAUAAUUCUGAUACAAAAUAUUGGAAUCCUACUUUGGUACAAAGGAUUCAAAAUGUCGCAUUCAAUUUUGAUCCAAUUAGUAUUCUAUCGCAAUGUCAACAGUCUGAGCUAAUCUUUUCCAUGUUCAUUGAAGACAAAGAACAACUUGGAGACAACUCCAACAAGAUUUUGUUGAACAACAUCCACAAACACGUUUUGUUUUACUUGAAUGACUGCGAAUUGGAGUUGAGUUCUGAAGACAGUACUAGGUUUACCAAACAAGUGCGCAAUAAAGGAGUCUCAAACUUGAGCGCCAAUACUUCUUGGCGAUGCUAUGUUAAAGGCGUGUCUGAAGUACACGUAAUACUCACGAUGAUCCCCGCGUCUAUAGAUGAUCUUAAACAAAUCCAAGAUGAAGAUAUAAAUCUUCCAAUAUAUGUUUACAACUGCCCUUUGGCUUUCUUGGUGGAUUCUCAUGUCAAUUGCCUUGACACAAAUAAAAUUUUCAAUAAAGACGUUUUCGAGGAUCACAGAUUUAAAAUCAAAGUUACAGAAGAACCUAAACUGGAGCAUGAAAAUAACGAUGAAAUUUACAAUAAUGUCAGGCUAUAUUGCAAAGCUGUUGUUGUGGCACAUUCUAGGUGCUUUGCAAAGUCUGUAUAUUCAGCAUUACAUCGUGAAGCAUUCGUAGAUAAAAGUGAUGUAGAUGCAGCCAUGGGUCAGUGCGUUAAAAAUUCAUAUGAGAUCGACAUAACUCAUUAUUUGAAAACUAUUUGUAGCCACAUUAAGGAUAAUAAAACUAAUGAAUCGCAAUGCUGCAACGAAAUGAAACCCGUACACCGUUUGAUUAAAGAAAAAUUUCUCAAGAUAAUUAGUGACGCCUUUAAUGUGAUACCUGAAAAUGAGUACUACUACUAUUGCCAGAAUUUAAAUAACUAUGGUAGUGAUUCAAAAAUAGCAGAUAGCGAUGAUGAUGAAGAACCGCCGAGCCCACUUUAUGAAAUACAUUUCAAUGACAGCAAAUCAGAAAAGCCUACAAAUAUUUCCGUGGAUGAGGAUGACGAAUUCAAAUAUUGCAGUCCCCUAUUCUUACAUUUUAUUUGCAUAGUGAAACUCAAUAACCAAUUGGUACAGAUGCCUGCAAAAAUUCUACCCACAUGUUUAGCUGAUCUCAUUAAUCCGAUAGAUAUAUCAGAUUUAAGCAAGCUUAGUGUCAUCUUGGAGAUGGGACUACUCACGUUACCUAACGACAACGCAAAUUUGAAUGCUAAGAAUAUGACAAGAGAUGAGCAAGGAUAUAGUUUUGAAUACAAAGAUCUUGACAACUUGCAGCAAGUCAGUGAGGUGCAAAAGAUUGCUGUACAGAAGUUUCAGGAUGAGAUAAAAUGGUUAUUACAAGAUGAAAUUACAACAGCGUUACUGGACAUUGAACCUGUAACAUCCGAUACUUUGCAAUUUGUUAUGAAGCAUGUCACAGAGAGCCAUAACAUCAGGUGCUCAUGCAUCCUUGAGAAGAUCGAUCUAAACUUCGUUUAUAAAACUAACGAGAGCUAUGAGAAAUUUGUUCAAAAAUUCUGUUGUAUCAAUAUUACUAAUUAUAAACUGUGCCAGGAAGGCGAUCUCUACUACCUAGUUAAAAACACAAACUUCGAUGACGAGGUGCAAUCUAUUGAUGGGACUUCAAUUUAUAAGUCGAAUGACAAUGCAAGCGAUAUUUCAAGCAUCGAUGUUGACGAUAUCACGCUAGAGUUCGACGAUGAUAUUGACGACGAAAUUGAGAACUACAAUUGGUUACUUGAGUUAAACAAUAAAAGACCAAAUCUGCCAAACUUCUGGUUGAUCACGCAAAUUGAGAAAGACGUCGUUACUGUUUAUUUCCAUUGUCGCUUUAUACAUUUGCCUACGAUACAUGUUAGGGCUUACGUUGAUGUUCAAAAAAGCAUAUUGGAUGGUGUCAGAGAGUUAUGCAAAUGCGUGAAUCAAUCAUUGUUAUUGAAAUCGCUGUAUGACACACGUAUCUGUAAUGAGCUGCUUGAGCCCGCUGACAAUUAUCAAGAUUGGAGUGAGAAGUCCCAAAACACCUUUCGUUCAACGAGUAUGGAUGAAACAUUGGACGAUGCAGAGUUGUUUCAAGCAACGCAUAUUGAAUCGACUGUGAAGUUUAAGGUAGGGUACUUCAGUUGUCCUGUAGUUUGGGCGAUUCCCUUCACCCUUCACCAAAGGCUUAAAACAGGCCCCAAUAAACCGGGUUUAUCCAUUGGAAUUUCGGCAUUGAAAACUGUAUUGGAAAAGUUCUCAGUAACUAAUCGAAAUAAUAUGUUUGUAUAUAGCGACAGCAAUGAUGACGUGUUCUACUUGCGUUUACACGAAAAUAGUAUGAAUUCUUCUCAUAGGGGAAUGCAUGUGAAAUCUAACGAAUUUGAGCAGCCUGUUUCUCGCAGCCCUUCGAUCACUUCGCUUCCAAUAGGUCCUCACAGAAGCAACCUUGCACGAUCCGAUUUUAGCAUUUCAUCAACCACAAGCUCAGACGUUAGGCCGAGGGUGCAAUCAUUCGGCGAAAAAGAUACAUCAAAAGAAACAUGUAGUAAUGAAGACAUUGUCACGCUCAAAGUGUUCGGAAUAACAGAUGCCAAAGAUGAUAUACGGCUGCAAUUGACGCAGGUUUUGCAAAACCGACUAGACGAUGCAGUUUUGGAAUUACUCUCAAUUAUGUUGUCCAGAAACGCGAUGUGUCCUUUGACACCUGAAGAUGUUCAUUUCUUACAGAAACCUUUCAGACCUCCAGAACACAUUAUAAAGCUAUCUAUACCGAACCACUCAGUACAACUCUUAGAUGCCUUCAUACAUUAUUUAAAGCAAAACCUUUUACAGUUCCUAAAUGUGCCUAAGUAUACGGAUUCCCGUUUGAGCCACUUCAAGGAUUACACCGAAAGCGAUAGAAGUAAUAAUCGUAUGACUGAAGAAAAUAUCUUUAUUUAUAAUCAAAGCCAGAAUCCGUCUUCAGGAAGUAGAGGGAUAGCAUGCAUUGCUAUGGCAAUAAUUGAUCGACCAUCAAGUAGUGGACAACACGCCCAGUCAUACUCUUUAGAAGAAGCAACUUUAGACUUUGAGGGAUCCACAGCAUCCACAGUAUUGACAGACGAAGAUCUACUUCCUUCUAUAUAUUUGGAGUUUCGAAUUUGGAAACAAGGUCGAGUGAACUAUGACAUUCUUCAUGAAAAACUCUGUGCGGCCACGAGUCACUCCACUUGGGAUAUUAUAAUGGAAUACUACUUCUUAACAUUUGAAUUAUGUGUAGAAGAUAACUUAAGAUCCGAUUCGUUGAGGUUGCAAUCUUUUAUGGACGAGAUACACGUUGAUGUAAAAUUAGAUACAUAUUUAGUGUCAUUGGGUGGCCAGAGUUCAAAGAGACAAAAGGGUUACCUCAGUCCGCAAUACAGUAAUGAAGAUAUGGGUAGUAAACGGCAUUCCAAUUUGUAUUUCAAGCCUAUGGAACUUGGUGAUGACGGAUGCCUACGGGACGAAUAUCAAGAAAAGAUCCACGAUUGGUUAGAAUUUGCCAUCGACUUGAAAGUACCUGCGAUUAAAAAAAUUACCAUCAACUUGACUCAUCCAAAUCCGCUGCACAGCACACUGAAGGAAGUGCAAACUAUCAUCAACAUGUUUCAACAAGAAUAUGUCAAAUGUUUCACGUUCGAAAACAAUGCAUAUGUGCCUUAUGUAUAUUCAUUAUCAACUGUCAGCAUAAUUGUAAUAUCAAGGAAUUUCGACCAGUGGAAAAUCUCAACUUCCCCAGCGGAGUCGCAGCACAAUAUCCCCGAUGAUAUUCGCUCACAAACUAACAAACACAGCCAAAGAUUUAUGCACACCUUCGUCGCAGAAAAGUUGAUUCCACGUCAGAAAUUCCUCUGGGCCAUUAUUUCGUCUCGCUCGGUUGAAUUAUACGUCUAUAACUGGGCCAAAGAUAAUGUCAUAAAAUUACGUUCGUACUGUGAACAAGUUAACAGUUGGUUAAACGUCCGGGCUUCCACUUUAAACGCUAGUUGUGCUCAAAAAAUUGGACUAUUUCAUAAUCAACCAAUUGACCACAGUAGGAUGCCCAAUAAUCCAUACUUAAAUUGCAUAGGCGACGUUGAAGCUAUGAAACGAUGUCCGAAGGAUAAGUCAAAGAAAGUUGUUCCACUGGAUAACGUAUUUUUGGAGUCUUUUAGAAACAAUUAUAAACAUUUGCAUGUAGACUGUUUAGAUACAGUGGCGAUGUUCACUUUAGAGAUGUCGGAAAUUCGUAAAGCAAACAAAAAGCAUAGAGACGAUUCGAAAAAACUGUAUUCCAUGUAUCAAACAAGAACAAAUUCCAGCACAGAAUCUCAGAUUCAGCUGAUGCUGCAAAAUUCACGCAUAAUCCACUACUGCCACACACCUAUAUUGUUUUUAACACGAUGGAGAUUACAGUCGGCAGCUACAAGAGACUAUAAUUUAGCAACUCCGGUUUCUAGAUUAUCCACUCCUCCUGAGGAAGCCGAGGAAUGGCACGACGAGUUGUAUAGAUCAUUUGCUACUGAGUACAAGAGAUAUUUGCAAACUUUGGGAUUUAUGACUCUAGAAAUAGAUACUAAUAGUAAAUCUUCCGCCAAGGUUAUCAAAUCUGCAAACAUCGAUGAUGGUGGUGUGGUUUAUAUGCACAAAGCAAUCAUAUUGGGAGGUAUUCUCUUAUUUAGCAUUCACCUAAAAGAGCCGUUUUUCAUAACAAAGCUCUACGCCUUAGAAUGCAAUCGCAUUCAAUUAAAUGCACGUUCUCCGAUAAACCAAUAUAUUCAAACGUUUCUAGACGAAUGUGAUACAAUUAAAUCUUCCAUGCAUUUACACUCAUUCACGUACGACUUCCAUCUAAGAUCAAUAUAUAAUUAUAUAUCUAACAAUCAAGGAUAUAGAGUUUGCAAUGGAUACCAUUUAAUUCAGUUUCUCGAUGAUUUUAUGAAAUAUUACAAUAAAGCACCGAAUUAUGCACGCAAUUUAGUCCAUGCCGAUUCGAUGAUCAUCGGAAAUCUACUAACAGAAGGGAAGCAACUAUACACAUACUUGCUAAGCAAUGUGAAACAGUACAAUCUAAGCGUUGUUAGCAUGCACAAUAUUGGAGAAGGCACGGAGUAUGUGUUAAUACAAGUAAGUAACAUUUCUGAUGUUACAUAUCGCGAUGCCCAGGAUCGUCAACACACAGAUGACUUUGAUAUAACGCUAAUAAUAUCUAACAUAUCAACAACUUAUAACAACAGUGACAACGUUAUACAUUUGAAGUAUUAUUUGAUACUGACGUCUGGAAGAGAAAUGUAUCCUAAAACAGAAGUUGAAAGAAAACUUGGAAAGUUCCGCACUGUCUCAUCUACGAGCAGGACAGCCAUAAUGGAAUCAGAAUACGCGAAAGAGAUGCCGGACGAUUGCGAUAGUGACAAAAAGUCAGAGUCAGAUCGUUCGGAAUUGACUAACUUGACGCAAUCAACAACUGACGAUGAAUCAGGCUGUGAACACAAAGCAAAGCGACAAUCGCCAAACAUUGAGAUCAAACCCGAAUCUGUUAACUACCUCGGAUACUAUUCUUCCCAUGAACAGCUCAUGCAGCAGCUUAUAUUAAAUUGCGCAGAUAAUACGAAGAAAACUAUAAAAGAAAUGGUGACGCAGGGUACAGUUGAUUGCAGGACCCAUUUACUUUGGAAUAAGCUGCUGACCAACCAGGACAUCGGUCAAUUAACUUUUGACGAAUUUGUUGAAUUGAAAGGAUUGUCUAAGCUUGAAAGUUUAGGUGAUAUUCAUCCCAAUUUAGGGUCCCUGAUCAAUCAGCCUCUUCACUGGUUCCAGGGACUUGCCAAGUUGUUGCUGUAUAAGUACCACGAUCAACAUAGAUUUUAUGUCUCCGAAGAUGAGAAUAUACAAUACUAUGUAAUACUUCAUCCACGUUGCACUGGCGCUUUUAUGUUGCUUUCCAUCGAUAUGCAUACAGCUAGAGGCGUAAGUUCGCAUCAUGCAUAA